AUGAACUGGCUUCUCCAUUUCAUUGCUGUGCUUUUGCUCAGCUUGCAUGUCGGUGCACUCCCCUCUGGGCCUAUGCAUGGACUUGAACAGCGGGAUCUUGCCACCGAGAAUGAGCAGCCGAGUGUGAUCGUCUACGUGAACGAGAUUGGACAAACUCUUAGCGUCAAAACGCUCGUUCCUAGUGCCACAGCCCCAGUUAAUGCUCCCACGGAUAUCUCGUCCCCGCCACCAGCUUCUGGAACAAACGUGCCUUCGCCCGAUUCCCCUAUCAGCCUCAGCCCCGCGGCUCAAGAUCGAUUUGGUGUGACCUAUGCCCCGUUCAACGACGAUAGCACCUGCAAGUCUCAGGACCAGGUCAACCAAGACAUGGACAAAAUCGCCCGUCUAUACAGCUUCGUGCGCAUUUACGGCGUGGACUGCGACCAGACUCGAAAGGUCGUCCAGGCUGCUCGCGAGCGGAAUAUCCGCGUCUUCGCCGGAGUCUUCGACCUGCAGAACUUCCCAGCCAGUCUCGACGAGAUCAUCCGAGUCGCCGCCGGUGACUGGUCCACCUUCCACUCUAUCAACAUCGGCAACGAGCUCGUCAACAAGGGCCAGAACUCCGUCUCAGAUGUCGUAAACGCGGUCAAUACCGCGCGUCGCAUACUGCGCAGCGCCGGCUACCAGGGCCCCGUGGUGACCGUCGAUACCUUCUCCGUGCUGCUCAAUCACCCUGAACUCUGCCAUGUCUCCGACUACUGCGCCGCCAAUUGUCAUGCUUUCUUCGACGCGAACAUGACCCCCGACCGCGCCGGUGCAUAUGCCCUCGAGCAAUCCCAGAGGAUCUCGGCAGCCGCUGGGGGCAAGCACACUGUCAUCACUGAAUCGGGCUGGCCACACCACGGUCACCCCAACGGACGGGCUGUCCCUUCCCGUGAGAACCAGUACACCGCCAUCAUCACUCUCUCGAACAGUUUCGGCAGGCGAUACAACGAUCUGAUCUUCCAUUCUGCCUUCGAUGAUCUCUGGAAGCAAGAUACCCCGGAUUCCUUUGGGGCUGAAAAGUACUGGGGUCUCGAAACGUGGUAGUUCUUUUAUCUCUCCCUUUCUCCUUAAAACAUGCCCAUAUCAUCGACCUUCUUGACCUCCGAAUCUCCUGGCAAUCUUGCACCCUGACAUUUUCGCCAAAUGCGCUGGUCGCUUUUGCUCUCUUCGUCAGGAGGAGUGACGUUGUGUUCGACUGGUUGUGACCGUGGUCUAUUCGUCUUCCCUUUUUCUAUCAUCUAUCCCAUCCUAUCAUUCCUCAUUCACAAUGAUACCGACAGAACGAUCUCCUUGGUUAAGAUCUGCGUGAGUGAGUGAGAAACCAUAUUCUUAACAAGGGAAUAUGUCAUCGCUUCCAUUCUUCCCUG